AUGCCUUCAUUCGGCUUGCGCUCCUGUUCAGUUGCUUUUAUUAUAUUGGCGACGGCCCUGGGGAAUGAUGCUGCCGCUAUAGAUCCUCUUUCGUAUGUUGAUCAAUUGAUCGGAAGUCGAAAUGGAGGAAAUAUCUUUCCGGGAGCCACACUCCCAUACGGUAUGGCUAAAGCUGUUGCCGACACUACCAGCGGAAGUAAUCAAGGAGGAUUUACUCUUGACGGGACUCCAAUUUCCGGGUUCUCUGCCUUACACGACUCGGGAACUGGAGGUUCGCCGUCCUUAGGAAAUUUCCCGCUCUUCCCGUAUGCGAGCUGUCCCGACGAUGAUAUUGAUCGAUGCGAUUUUCCCAAGAAAACCCGGGCCAACCAUGGCCAGUUUGACCAGAAUAGCGUUGUGGCGCGUCCGGGGUAUUUUGAGGUUACGCUGAACUCCGGCGUUAAAGCUGCUAUGACAGCCAGUAAACAUGCUGCGCUGUUUCAAUUUACCUUCCCUGCAUCAGAUGGGAAUGCCUCGCACCCUCUCAUCUUGCAGGAUCUGACGGACCUUUCGGACUCGCGUCAAGAUAACGGCACCGUCUCCGUCGACGAGAAAACCGGAAGAAUCACCGGGAAUGCCCGUUUCCAAUCAAGUUUCAGCCAAGGAAAAUAUGUACCUUACUUUUGCACCGACUUCUCAGGCCCUAAAAUAUUCGACAAUGGCAUUUUUGUAAACAGUAGAGCUACGGCAGAUGUCAAAGACUUGACUAUCUCUAGAUCAAUUAAUGGGUAUCCUCUUCCUGGAGGAGCUUUUGUUCGAUUUGAGUCUACCGAUACCCCUGUGCUUGCCCGCGUGGGUCUGAGUUUUAUAAGCUCUGAACAAGCGUGCUCAAAUGCCGAAGCAGAGAUUCCGGACUACGAUUUUGAUGGUCUUGAACAGGUUGCUGCCGAUGCUUGGAGGCAGAAGCUCAGUCCGAUCACGAUCACACCGGGCGAAGUGGAUGAGGAUCAGAUCAAGAAUUUCUACAGUGGUAUAUACCGCACAAUGGUAAACCCCCAGAAUUAUACGGGAGAGAACCCUGUAUUCGAAACAGGAGAACCAUAUUUUGAUUCAUUCUAUUGCCUCUGGGAUAGUUUUCGAAGUCAAAUCCCAUUUCUUACCCUUAUAGAUCCAGAUGCAGUAGCCGAGAUGAUUCGCUCUUUAAUUGAUACAUAUCGAUACGAGGGCUGGUUGCCAGAUUGCCGUAUGACAUUCUCCAAGGGUUACACACAGGGUGGCUCAAAUGCUGAUGUAGUCUUGGCGGAUGGAUAUCUGAAAGGAAUUACAGCCGGUAUUGAUUGGGACGUGGGUUAUGAGGCUGUCGUAAAAGACGCUGAGGUUGAGCCAUUUGAUUGGUCCAGCAAUGGACGCGGUGGUCUUGAGAGCUGGAAACCUAACCCUCACUACCCCGUGCAAGACCUAGAUUGGCAGGGCUUUGGAACCAUGACUAGAUCUGUUUCCCGUACUCUCGAGUACAGUUAUAAUGAUUUCGUCAUCGCACAGAUGUCUCAAUUAAGAAACAAUACUGCCGACACAGAAAAAUAUCUUCAAUCGAGCGAUAAUUGGAAAAACUUAUACAAGGAAGAUCAGAUAUCAAAGUUCUCCAACGGCCAGGAUACAGGCUUCACAGGUUUCUACGCCCCGAAAUACCUAAAUGGUACUUGGGGUGAACAGGACCCUUUGCUAUGUAGCAAUAUCGACAAUUCCGGCACUGCUUGCUCGCUCCAAAAUACAGCUCACGAAACCUUUGAGAGCAGCAUCUGGGAGUACGGCUUUUUCGUCCCACAUAAUCAAGGCGACUUGAUCACCCUCUAUGGAGGACCAGCUGAAUUUGUUCGCCGCCUUGAUUUCCUGCAUGAUCAGAACAUCACCUACAUCGGCAACGAGCCUGCCUUCCUCACUGUUUUCCAAUACCACUACGCUGGUCGGCCCGCUUUAUCGGCAAAGCGUGCGCACUUCUACAUACCUCGGUUCUUUGAUACCACCCCUGAAGGUCUCCCAGGAAACGACGACAGUGGCGCAAUGGGAUCAUUUGUGGCCUUUUCUAUGAUGGGAUUGUUCCCAAACCCCGGACAAGAUGUAUAUCUCAUAAUCCCUCCAUUCUUCGAGAGUGUCAACAUUACAAACCCACAGACCGGCAAAACCGCAACCAUCCGCAACGUUAACUUUGAUCCCUCCUAUGAGAGCAUUUACAUCCAAAGCGCAACCCUUGACGGCGAGCCGUACACCAAAAACUGGAUUGAUCACAGUUUCUUCACAGAAGGCAAAGAACUUGUUCUUACCCUAGGAAGGAACGAGAGCUCCUGGGGCACAGCUGUUAAGGACUUGCCGCCAAGCUUAGGGGAGUAUGCUGGGUUCAACGAGACAUUGUCAAGAAGAAGAGCCACACCUAAUAUAGACGGUUUGGAUUAA